GAAACAUAAAAGCAAUGUGGAAAAGAAAUACUAAAAUAAAAUGAUCCAACAGAAAACGAGAAAGCGGUGACCGGUGACUGACUGACUGUCUAAGCACACGGAGCAGCAAUGGCUGCCUAUUCACUUCUUUCCACAUGCGCCUUCUCUUCUCUUCCUUCCCAUAACUCCACCAUACCUUCUCUUUCUAGAACCCUCUCUCUUCGCACACCCAAUAGCUAUAGGCAUACCUCCUGCAUCGUCGCUUCUUCUCUUCGCGAACCUUCUCACCCCACCUACUCUCCGACGCCGGAAUCUACCCACAGAUCCUCCUUGGACAAAUUUAUGAACUCGUGCUUCGUGAUUUGCACUUCCGUAGCUCUUUCCGCCUCUGUUUUCGUCACCGAUGUGGACUCAGCUGCCGCUUUCGUUGUCGCUACGCCUAGGAAGUUGCAGACGGAUGAGCUCGCCACUGUUCGUCUUUUCCAGGAGAAUACUCCUUCUGUUGUCUACAUUACCAAUUUAGCUUCCAGGCAGGAUGCGUUUACUCUGGAUGUGUUGGAGGUGCCUCAAGGAUCUGGAUCAGGGUUUGUUUGGGAUAAAAACGGUCACGUUGUCACAAAUUAUCAUGUUAUACGCGGUGCAUCCGAUCUCAGAGUAACUCUCGCUGAUCAAACCACUUAUGAUGCAAAAGUUGUUGGUUUUGACCAAGAUAAAGAUGUUGCUGUAUUGUCUAUCGAUGCACCAAAAGACAAAUUGAGACCAAUCCCAGUUGGCGUGUCAGCCGACUUGCUUGUUGGGCAAAAAGUUUUUGCUAUUGGAAACCCUUUUGGGCUUGAUCACACACUUACAACUGGUGUCAUCAGUGGGCUAAGGAGAGAAAUAAGCUCUGCAGCAACUGGGCGCCCAAUCCAAGAUGUAAUUCAGACAGAUGCUGCAAUCAACCCUGGAAACAGUGGAGGGCCACUUCUUGAUAGCUCAGGCAGCCUUAUUGGUGUAAACACAGCCAUAUACUCUCCAUCUGGUGCAUCCUCUGGUGUUGGGUUUUCCAUUCCGGUUGACACAGUAGGUGGAAUUGUUGACCAGUUGGUGCAAUUUGGGAAAGUUACACGACCAAUUUUAGGGAUAAAGUUUGCACCUGAGCAAUCAGUGGAACAGCUAGGAGUAAGUGGAGUGCUUGUCUUGGAUGCUCCUCCAAAUGGCCCAGCUGGAAAAGCGGGUAUUGUAUCAACAAAACGUGAUGCGUAUGGGAGACUUGUAUUGGGUGAUAUAAUAACAUCUGUAAAUGGGAAAAAGGUUGCUAAUGGGAGUGAUUUAUACAGAAUUCUUGACCAAUGCAAAGUGGGUGAGAAGGUGACUGUUGAGGUGUUGCGUGGUGAUCAUGUGGAGAAGAUUCCUGUUAUGCUUGAACCAAAGCCUGAUGAAACAUAAGAGGUUUUGAAUCUGAAGUAGAAUAAGAAAAUCCCCAUCUGAAUCUAUUUGUUUCUGUUGUAAUCGUAAAACAUUUGUAAGGAAGUCGGCAAAUUGAGAAAAAGAGAAUGCAUCAUC